AUGGGGGCUCGACGAAGAAAGAAGGACGACGUGAAUGAGGGACACACCGUCUCCCAAAAGUGUUCCAUCAUGGAGAAGGGUGAGCGCAGCAAGCAAUCUUUGGGAGAACAGCUAGGGUUGAUGGGUCACCGAUCGAAAACGGUAGCACCAUAGCUUUCUCGCUUUUGGCUUUGGUCGUGGUGAUAUCAAAGUGUCCCGGCAGAGCGUCAUUUGCUGAGCUCGGGACGGAAUGAUUGGAACCAUUGUGGUGCUCUAAGGACUGCUCCUUCGCGGUUGCUAGGUGGCUGGAUACGCGGAAAAUACACCAAUGCUUUAGAAUUGGGUAUCCUUUGAUGGGAUACAAAACGACGUGACUUCUAUCGGCACCCGCCAAUCACCAGGCACACAAGUUCGUUUGUCAGUUUUUCGGGGCACCUGGCCGACAAAGCGGCACCGCAUAUGCAGCCCAUCUACUGCUCCUUCGAUCGGGAGAUUUUUUGAAAUGGCAUCUAACGCUCGUCAUAAAGACCUCUAAAGGAAAUCUGUUGGAUUUUUGACGACAAAUCGACAGCGUUGAAUCGGAGGGGCUGUAUUAAAAAAGAAGUGCAGUCGUCGUAAUCAGCAAAUAAAGUCAAUUUUACCGUCAAAUGGACAAAAGGUUUAUCAAAUUUUCAGACAUUAUACUUUUCACAAGAUGAUCGCAAAAUUCUUUUGCACAGGAACAAUCGAUUGCAUUUUGCCUGAUCUCCUGAUCUCAUGAUCGCUUGAUAUCCGACGUCUCUCCGCCCACUAACCCGUUCAUUUGGCAAAAUAAAAAACAAAAACGGAGCAGAGAAAUAUUGCCCGUCCCAAUAAAAAGGGUGAAACUGCCUCCUAUAAAAGCAACACCUUAAGCUGCGGGGUCCGUCCCCUAUUGUUGUUUUAAACGACAACAAUUUUGCGCGCAUUUUUGUUUUUUCUUCCAGGAUCCCUGACAGUUGCCUGGUUCAGGCGCGCCAUGGUGUGUUGGCGAGCAUGCAAGCGAAAUUUGAUCUUGAUUAAUCAUGCUAAGUGCGUGUGCAUUAGCAUGUUUUCCUUCCCUUGAUGGUCCAAUUGCUGCAGGUUAGCAGGGAUUCCCGACCCACGAUAUCGCGGUAAUCCAGAAAAGCAAUUUGUGUCAAAUAGCACUACCUUCGAAGUUUCCUGGCCUGCGUGCAGACAUCGUGUCGAGAGAAUCCCUGUGAGGGUCAACAACUUCCUGCACAGUACUCACUACCAAGUAUACUUAGUACACGUGCACUAAGUACUCUUAAGUACACGUACGUGUAGCAUGAAAUCUAUCAGGGGUGACAGAGACGGCUGGCCUACCUUCCACGACGCACUGUCGUAAGGACUGGUGAGAUAUAUUUAACUUUCGGUGACCAUUGUCUUCAUCGCUGGACUUCAUAGAUAUAUUUACAAAUCACGACUACACCCACGUUAUCCACUAAUUGGGGCGUAUGAGGUUGUAGGGUUUACAAGCGCAGUCCACUUUGAAGACGGGAUUGAGUGGUCAUCCAGCAUCAUCUCUCUAUUCAUUCCUUUAGGGCGCACUCGUGGCUGUGAAGAAACCGUUUGUAUUUGGAGGAGGAGAGGGGAAGGCAUGCACUGCCGAUGGCACCUAAAGUGUCAGCAGUGUAGUCCUUUAAGUUUGAGGAAUCUGUAGGAUAAAGGAAGUAAUCAGCCAUGUUAAUGAGCUCAUUAUAAACCAUCAGAACACGUCCUGCGCUGUCACACAGAAUAUUCUUGACAUACUAUCAUCUCACCGAGACUAGUGCACCUAUUGGUUGUUGAUGUGUUUACUCGGACACAGUUCUGCCCUCGUCUCACGAUACAGAGGUAAACCGUCUAUGGCGGGAUUCACCACUACUCUUCCACCCUCUACGACUACAUACUCGCUUCCUACUAACCGGCGCAGCUGCUUCUUCAAACGCAAACACCGCUACCCAUGGGAGCUACUUGAGAGGUGUACGACGCACCUAAUAGCGUCCGUGGGUCUGCGACCGACUUUGAAAUAGCUGGCCUUAUUAUUUCUAGAAGAAUGCGAUGAUGGCAGUGCGCUGUAUGUGAAUACAGUGCCCAUCCACACAACCUAGUUGGUAUACGCUUAUCCAUUGACAAGUCAUCAUAUACGACAACAUUUUCGACGCAAGUCGUACACUCUGCAUAUGAGAUACCACUUGUCAAAGAUGGUACCGGGCUGGUGCUUCCACUGUCGCACGAACCAACGUCAACUCAGCAGACAGGUGACGACUCCCUGUCUGAACCGUUCGCUCGAGAGCGUUUGCUACUACAAAAAGGAUCUACCCACUCUUCUACAUCUCUAGACGUUUUCUAGAUCUAUUUCUUCACACGCCGCCUUAAAGUACGUCAACAUUCCUGUGUAAACAUUGCAGACGCAAUGAUCAGGGUUAAACAGAAUGAAAUAAGUAUAUGACGGACUUCAGUGGAGCACGCUGGAACAGACGCGACACCUUGCACUCACCCACUAACGGUGACGUGGACGCGCGCGCACAAUUCCCGUUAAUCCAAAUAAGUCAAUGAAUGAUCGCGCAUAAUGUGCUAUUUCGUUAUCCAACCAGAUGUUGGAACACCCGUAUCGUGAGAAUUCCACAAUAACAGUACACCUAGUCGCCAUACAAUACCGCCAGGGUGUACAAAUUCAACCUUUAUAUCGUCAUUAAUAAAGUCUUUCUGUCUUGGCUAUUUGCUCUAUCCUUCAUUCUCAGUCUGCUUGAAUUGCAUGACAUUACAUGUGAUGAAACAAUGAAUCCUUCAGAUACAAAACUGGAAAAAACACCUGAAGCUACUGAAAGCUGAAUUCGCCAACUGCCGUUAUUGAAGUCCAAAUCUGCCCGUCCGCCUUUGGACAAUACGCCUGUUAAUCUAGGGUCUCUAGUGCCUAUAGCACCGCGGUGUAAUUAAGCAGGCCGGACGUAAAUCAUCCAUCAACGUUUUUGCGUCAUGGUCUGCCGAAAAUUCGACACCAUUAUUUUUUUGUCGAACCGUCUUUUAUCCCAUACAGCUGCCGCUCGUGGACAGCGAAUACCGUACAAACAAAGUUAUGAAUGGCUGCUGGACGUUCAUAAAAGCAGAGCAAGAGCUAGAUUUCCAUGGAUUCCAAGGUCUGCCUACUGAACCUGUCAACAUUGCUUUAUAAUAGGGAACCGCCCACUAUUUGUUCUGUAGGUCAUGUUCAAAGAAAACUUCCAGAAAUGAGGGCCGAUCUCGUGGUUCCUGCGGAUCUGGACUCAUGCGAGUUAAAGCCGUAUGUUGCGUGGCGGGCAAACGUCGUGGAUGAACCACCUGUAAACUCCGAGUCUCUAUUUAAAAUUCGUUAUGCCGAAGAGAUCAAGAGACUCCAUGACGAGGGCGUUAACAAAGCUGAUAUACUGAAAAAAAUUUGA